UGUUUAAAGGGCUUGAGCCUUCCCGGUUGCUGCAAGGCAAAGCAUUGGCUAGCAGCCCCAGGGAAAAGGAGAGCACUUGAAAUAGAAACAGCAAUAAGGGCUUGCAGCUCCCCUGUCUCUAGCACAUAGCAGGGGACUGUGAUCCCUUUCAGCUGUUUCUGGUUAAAGAGCUGGCCCCUCCUCCAGCAAGGGGAGGAACAGGAGAGCCCUUUAAAUAGAAACAGUUGAGAAGGCUCCGGCUCCCACAUCUCUAGCAGGUUGCUAGGGAGACAGAGAAGCCAGCCCAUUCAACUGUUUUCAUUUAAGGGGCUUGGGCCUUCCCCUCCCCUGCUACCCAAGGCUGGGGAAGACGGCAGCCCUUUAAAUAGAAGCAGUUAGAAGGGCUCUGGCCUCUCUCCCGCUUUGAGGCAAUGAGCUAGGGGGCAGAGCCUGAAACGCCCUUGUGUGCUGGAUCAAAGCCCUAGGCAGGCCGGAUCUGGCCCUCUGAAAGGCUUUUGCCCACCCCUGCACUAAAUGAGAUUGUAUGCUGGUCUGUGCACCAUAUUGUCUUGUUAGGUCUUUAAGACAUUAACGUGAAUUCUUUCUGGGGGUGUCUCAGAAUGCGUCAUGUGGCUGCUUACCUGCUUGCAGUCCUGGGUGGCAACAGUAGCCCUACAGCCAGGAACAUCAAGAAGAUCCUCGACAGCGUUGGUAUUGAUGCAGAUGAUGAACGUGUCAACAAGAUACCGGAUGGCUGGGACAUUAUCAACCAACCAAUGAAGGUCAUCAGUGAACUGAAUGGCAAAGAUGUUGAUGAUGUUGUUAACUCAGGCCUCUCCAAACUAGCCUGUGUUCCAGCAGACGGUGCUCUUGCUGCUGCCCCUGCUGCUACUCCAGCUGCUGGUGGAGAUGCACCUGCAGAAGAGAAGAAAGAGGAAGAGAAAAAGGAAGAAUCUGAGGAGUCUGACGAGGACAUGGGAUUUGGACUCUUUGAUUAAACACUUGUUGCGUUCUGGAAAAACAAUAAAAAUAGCAAACCCCA